AUGGCGGGCCCCCUCCACUCCAGCUCCGGCCACAACGCCGCCGCCGGCGGCGGGGGCAAGACCAUCGAGGAGAUGUACCAGAAGAAGACGCAGCUGGAGCACAUCCUGCUGCGCCCUGACACCUACAUCGGCUCGGUGGAGAAGCACACCCAGGCGCUCUGGGUCUACGAGGACGGUGCCAUGGUGAACCGCUCGGUCACCUACGUCCCGGGACUCUACAAGAUCUUCGACGAGAUCCUCGUCAACGCCGCAGACAACAAGCAGCGGGAUCCCAAGAUGGACGCGCUCCGCGUCGAGAUCGACGUCGACGGCUGCUGCAUCUCCGUAUACAACAACGGCGAUGGGAUCCCCGUCGAGAUCCACCAGGAGGAGGGCGUCUACGUGCCAGAGAUGAUUUUCGGCCACCUCCUCACCAGUAGCAACUACAACGACAACGAGAAGAAGACCACCGGCGGGAGGAACGGAUACGGCGCCAAACUCACGAACAUCUUCUCCACGGAGUUCGUCAUCGAGACCGCUGAUGGGCGUCGCCAGAAGAAGUACAAGCAGGUUUUCUCUGAGAACAUGGGGAAGAAGUCAGAGCCCCAGAUUACCAAGUGCAAGCAGGGCGAGAACUGGACCAGGGUCACCUUCAAGCCUGAUCUUGUCAAGUUCAACAUGACCCAUCUCGAAGAUGAUGUUGUAGCCCUCAUGAGGAAGAGAGUGGUUGAUAUGGCAGGCACUCUCGGCAAAACAGUGAAGGUUGAGUUGGAUGGCCAGAGGGUGCCCAUAAAGAGCUUCCCUGACUAUGUCGACCUGUAUAUGAAGAGUGCUAACUGCGACAGACCUGAUAAUUUCAAAACGAUUUAUGACAAAGUAAAUGAUCGGUGGGAAGUGUGUGUUUGUCCAAGUGAAGGGCAGUUUCAGCAGGUCAGCUUUGUCAACAGAAUUGCAACCAUAAGGGGUGGAACUCAUGUUGAUUAUAUCACCAACCAAAUUGCCAACCAUGUGAUGGCCAUUGUGAAUAAGAAAAACAAGAAUGCAAACAUGAAGGCGCACAAUGUGAAGAGCCAUUUGUGGGUCUUUGUUAAUGCGCUCAUUGACAAUCCGGCCUUUGAUUCACAGACCAAGGAGACCUUGACCACUCGUCAGGGAAGCUUUGGGUCAAAGUGUGAGCUUUCUAGUGAAUUCCUCAAGAAGGUUGAGAAAUCCAGUGUAAUAGAGAAUGUCCUAUCUUGGGCUGAUUUCAAACUCAACAAAGAUUUAAAGAAGACUGAUGGAAGCAAGAAGUCAAGAAUUUCUGGCAUCCCUAAGCUUGAGGAUGCAAAUGAAGCUGGUGGGAAGGACUCUGAGAGGUGCACCUUGAUCCUGACUGAAGGCGACUCUGCAAAAGCUCUUGCUAUGUCUGGCAUAGCUGUCGUAGGGAGAGAUUACUAUGGUGUAUUUCCUCUCAGGGGAAAACUGUUGAAUGUCAGGGAGGCAAACCACAAGCAGAUAAUGGACAACGCUGAAAUUCAGUACAUAAAGCAAAUCCUGGGUUUGCAGCAUGGAAAGCAGUAUGAAACCACCAAAGGAUUGAGAUAUGGCCAUCUCAUGAUAAUGACAGAUCAGGAUCAUGAUGGUUCCCAUAUCAAAGGGUUGUUGAUUAACUUCAUUCACUCAUUUUGGCCGUCUCUUCUUAAAGUUGAAUCUUUCUUGGUUGAGUUCGUCACUCCAAUUAUCAAGGCAACCAGAGGUAAAACUACGAAAUCAUUUUACACAAUGCCAGAGUAUGAAGAAUGGAGAACGAAUUUAGGAGCAAGUGCAAGUUCAUGGACUAUAAAAUACUACAAGGGGUUGGGAACAAGCACAGCCCAAGAAGGUCGGGAGUACUUUGAAGCUAUUACUGAUCACAAAAAGGAUUUUGUCUGGGUAGAUGACCAAGAUGGCAAUCAUAUCGAGUUAGCAUUCAGCAAGAAACGGAUUGCUGAUAGGAAACAGUGGCUUACAAAUUUUCAGCCUGGAACGUAUAUUGACCAACAAGAGAAAAAAGUCAAGUAUAGUGAUUUCAUCAACAAAGAGCUGAUACUCUUCUCAGUGGCGGACCUGCAGCGAUCAAUACCUUCAAUGGUUGAUGGCCUUAAACCAGGUCAGAGGAAGAUUCUGUUUUGCUCAUUCAAGAGGAAUUUUGUUAGGGAAGCUAAGGUGGCUCAGUUCUCUGGUUAUGUGUCAGAGCACUCAGCAUACCACCAUGGCGAGCAGAGUUUAGCAAGUACAAUUAUUGGAAUGGCUCAGAAUUUUGUUGGCAGCAAUAACAUCAACCUUAUGUACCCUGGUGGUCAGUUUGGCACCAGAGCUCAGGGAGGCAAGGAUGCUGCGAGUCCUAGGUACAUCUUCACCAAGCUGUCUCAUAUCACACGUUCAAUUUUCCCGAAGGAUGAUGAUAUUCUACUUAAUUAUCUGAAUGAGGAUGGGCAGUCAAUUGAACCCACCUGGUAUAUGCCAAUUCUUCCCAUGGUCUUGGUCAAUGGAAGUGAAGGAAUUGGAACUGGAUGGAGCACAUAUAUUCCAAACUACAAUCCAAGAGACAUUGUUGCUAACCUCAGGCGGUUACUGAAUGAAGAGUCUACUGUACCAAUGCAUCCAUGGUACAGGGGAUUCAAGGGUUCUAUAGAGAAGACAGUCAAUACAAAGGUAGCUGGUUCCACGUAUACCGUCACUGGAAUCAUUGAGGUUGUUGACAACACUACACUGAGGAUCACAGAAUUGCCAAUCCGCCGUUGGACGGGGGAUUACAAAGAUUUUCUUGACAGUUUAUGUCCAGAUAAGCACAACAAGGACAAAGUAUCAUUCUUAGAGGAUUUCACAGCGCAAGGUGAUAAUGAAGACAUUUACAUUGACCUCCAAUUAAGUGAGGGAAAUAUGAAUAUAGCUAAGGAAGAAGGACUAGUGAAGAAGUUUAAGCUGACAACAACAAUUGGAACAUCAAACAUGCACUUGUUUGAUUCAGAUGGUAAAAUUCGGAAGUACGACACUCCUGAGCAAAUACUUGAGGAGUUCUUUCAAUUAAGGCUUGAAUUCUAUGUUAAGAGAAAGGAAGCAUUGUUGAAAAAUAUCAAGCUGGACUUAAAGAAGCUUGAAAACAAAGUUAGGUUUAUCCGCUGUGUUGUUGAUAAUGAAAUUAUAGUUAACAAUAGGAAAAGGGCAGAUCUAUUUUUGGAGCUCCAGCAGAAGAAUUUUGAUCCUUUCCCAAAGAAAAAAAAGAGGGCUGAACCAGCUGCUGUUGGUGCUUUAGAAGAGGAUGAAAAUGAAGAGAGUCCUGAAACUGAAGGAGCGGAGCCUAGUGACUAUGAGUAUCUCCUCGCAAUGUCAAUCGGUACCUUGACUUUGGAGAAGAUACAGGAGCUCAAUGCUGAGAAACAAAAAUUAGUGGAUGGUGUUGAGGAACUGAAAAACACAUCACCAAAAUCACUUUGGUUGAAAGAUCUUGAUGCUUUUGAGAAAGAACUGGAUGUGCUUGAUGAAAUGGAUCUAGACGAGGAGCGGGAAAGGGAAAAGAGGAUAAAGGAAGGCAAAAAAGGGGGAUCAAAAGCUGCACCCAAGAGACAACGUAAAAAGGCUGCAGUUAAAAAGGAAAAAAGCGAUACAGAAGACGAUGAUGCGGCUGAACCAGUGGUACCAAAGCGUGGAGCUCAACGGAAGAAAGCAUCCAAGAAGGCUCCUGUGGAUGAAGAGGAAGUUGACAUGCCUUCACUAAAAGACCGUAUUGCUGCUUUUACUAUCAAUGACUCCUCUCCGGAUCAUUCUGCUAUGGAAACUGAAACAACAGAACAGCAGAAUGAAAAACUAGCGACAAAGGGACCAAGCAAAAGAGGUGGAGUAAACAAGGCAUCACCAUCCUUCGCGAUGAUACCAUCUGAUGAUGAGGAUGACGAUUUUACACUGGAUGAAGUCUCAGAGGUCCAAGCUCAGAAGAAAGGUAGAGGAAAGAAGCCUGCUGCCGCUGUGAAGCCAAAGGUUCCUGCCACCAGGAAAAGGGUGCCGGCUCAGGGCAAGGCAGUGCAGAAGAAAAUAGAUGAGAUGCUCAAGCCCACUGAGGAUAACAACACCUCCCCUGUGAAGAAGGUCAGGAAGAUGAGGCCCUCUCCCUUCAACAAGAAGAGUGGCUCAAUCUUACAGAGAGGCUCGACUGCCGCUUCUGCAAGCUCUGAAACUACUGCUGAAGCUUCACCACCCUCUGGGAGCUCUGCAGAGCCAGUUGGUGCAGCACAACCUAGAAGGACAGCCAGGGCCACCAAGAAGCCUGUCUAUGUUACUGAUAGCGAUCCUGAGGAUGAAGUCGUGGAGUUGACUGAUGAUUCUGACUUUGAUUUGGAUGGUGACUCUGACGAGUGA